CUGGGGCAUGCGAAGAAUAGUAGUAACUUUCUGUUGUUGGCACUAUCAAAAUUUUUAGCGAUUUGUACGCGUUUGUAUGCCCUCUUACGCGCGCGUAUGCGCAUAUGUGGCGAGGGCCAUAAAUUCGCGUGAGUUCAUUCGAAUCACCUUUACCUUGCUUUUCGAAACAAACGAGAAUAGGCCUGGUGUGCAUAGCGACACUCUACUUAGUUCAUCGCACUGUCAAGACCUUAACAUAUAUAUAAACACACUUAUAUACAGUUGUUUGCCUCGUAUAAUACAAACAUUAUUGUAUUUGAAAGUAACUAGCUACCAGCAAGCAAAUGGAGACUCGACAACCAACUGUUUAUCAUGCGGUUUAUCUGCCUCUUGAGGAAACUCUUGUCGAAGCAGAAGACAGCAAAGUUCAUAUUUAUUGCGACAAAAAUGAGGCUUUAAAAAUCAUAAAAAAGCACAAAAAAAGUCGCUUAAAAACCUUCAAAAACAUUGAAGAAGCUCGCGAGUUUGCCCGGAAUGGCCUCGAGUCAGUUUUACCUAAUCCUCUUGCUAAUGCUGUGCCCACUAUUGUAUUAACAGAAGAGAAAAACCGUUUCAAAGUACCAAAGCCUCAAAAUCUAACAAAAUUGAGAAAGGCGAUAGAGCAAGAUAAUAUUGAAUUUGUCAAAACUACAGUAUGGGACAAUCCACGUUACUUGGUCAGUGGUGGAGAUACUCCAGCAAUACUACAUGAAGGUUGUCGUUACAAUGCCUUGCAUGUUGCUGUCAAAGUUACCCAAAACCCAGCUAUGUGUGAAUUCAUUUUAAAUACAGUUGGUAAUCCAGAAUUUCUUAGCUUAUAUUAUGGAGAUGCAGAUAAAAAGACUUAUGUUAAUAGAGCUAGUAUUUUACAAGAUUUGUAUUUGAACACCCCAGAUAAAGGACUUAAUGAGACACCAUUACACUUUGCUACUAAAUUUGGUUUGAAAGAGUGUGUUAGAACAUUAUUAUCUUAUCCUCAAUGCCUGAGAUCUCCACUUAAUAAGUAUCAACAAACACCAGCAGAUAUUAUAUGCAGCAGAAAGUCAAUUGAUGACAAAGAGUUGAUUAAUGAAAUACGCUCUUUGUUAGAGGAACAGUAUUAUGUGCCUGUUUUGAGAGCUGAGGAUAACAGUCUUCAGCCUACUAUUGGAGAACCAUUCUCCCCAGUCAGUCCUCCUCGAAUUAACAUUAAUCCAAUCAAUCCCAAAAUUGAAGUGCGAGCUUUUGCUGGCCCAAUGACGAAAUCUCAAGCUUUAGAAUUCAGAAAAAAAUGGAAAACUCCUCCACGAUUAUUUGGAACUCCAAAUAAAAAAACACCAUUUUCUAAUGAAACUAAUGGUCUCAGAAGUCCAAGCUUGCACUUGUCUUUGAGGUUACAAGAUAGUGAUAAAGGUCUUGAAAGAGUUGGCAGAGACUUAGCUUUAGAGCACCAUGUGUCAUGGAAGGAGUAUUGGCCAUUUCUUAAAGAUUUUGCAGAUUUGAGAUGUAAUGAUGGUUUAUCAAAGCUUGAAGAAUUCUUAAAAACAAAGUAUAUAAAAAAAACUCCAUCUUUUGAGCAUGAACAAAAUAGUUCAACUCCUGAUGAUGAACAACCAAAAUCGAAAUUAGAAUUGAAUAAUCUAUGUAACCAAUUGAAUUCUCUUUUACUUGAAUCACAAAACGUGAUGGAUGAGGAUUGUGAUGAUAACUGUCAUUUUGUAACACCACCUUCAUCUCCUUCACAUGGUAUAAGCAAUGAUGAAUCAUCUGAUGAGGAAGAAAUGGAUUUAGCUGAUGACAACUUAAAAGAAGAGUUAUUUUUAGAAGGGAAAUUGCCAACUAAAAUAGAUUUUGCCGUUUUUACUGCUAUCCCAACUGAAAUUGAUUUAAGCAAAUAUCCGUACAUCUACCGUUGGCGACAUGAAAUGUCUUUAGCUAGCAAAAAUCACAUCUAUGAAAGGACAAUAAAACAUAUUCCUUUCAAAAGAAAAUUAUUUUCAUCUGAAACGUAGCAACUCACUUUGGAGGAAUCAAAUGUGCUUCCUAUGUAUGUAAAGAAAUCAUCAGAUACAACUUCACAGUAUUCUGAUUCUAAUAA